AGUGAUGACACCGAUCUUUGGUCACAGCACGAGUCUCACACGAAGGCCCCGCUGGAACAAGGCCAUCCUAAGCAGAACGGCGGGCUUUCCACCGUCAGUGAGAAAGAGUUCCUGGAACUGCUAUCCAGUACGCCUACUAGGCUGACCAAUUCAGGCAAAGCAAAGGCUGAUACUGGAUCGCUCACCAUAGAGGUGAAGGCCACCACCGCAACCAACGCCGAAGAGUACCUCCAACGGACGAAGAGGGUGGCAAAGUCGUUUAGGCCUUGA